UCAUAGUACAUCAUAUCACACAAUUACACACGAUACAGUAGAAAACGGAGCGUGUACAGUUCCGUCAUAUUCCUGGUUUGAAAGCAAGGUUGCGACUAGUUGUUGCGACGCAGGAAGGUGCAGUGAACGGUGUGUGUUUAGUUUCGAGCUGUAAUAAUAUAUUAAAGUUAAAUAUCUAAAGAGCAGGUUUACCGGCCAUGGAGAAACGAAUAGAGCUUGAGAAACGAGGAAGAAAUCCCGCUGAAAUAACAGAAUUUGUACUUGACAAUUGUCGGAGUACAAAUAUCGUGGGUCUUACGGAUGAAUUCGUGGCAUUAAAAUCCUUAAGUUUAAUCAAUGUAGGAUUAACAAGUCUCAAAGGUUUCCCUGUAUUACCAAAUCUCCGAAAGUUAGAACUGAGUGAUAAUCGAAUCUCCGGAGGUUUGAAUUUUCUGCUGUCAAGCCCUAAGUUAACUCAUCUUAAUCUUAGUGGAAAUAAAAUCAAAGAUCUUGAAACACUACAACCAUUAAAAGAAUUCCAAAACCUCAAGAACUUAGAUUUAUUCAAUAAUGAAGCAACAGAAAUGGAUAACUAUAGAGAGAAAGUAUUCGGAUUAAUUCCUAGUUUAAGAUAUCUUGAUGGAUUUGACAUGGAUGAAUGUGAAGUUGACGACAGUGAGGGUAAUGAAGAAGGUAGUGAAGAUGAUGAAGUAAAUGGAAAUGAUGAUGGUGAUGGUGAUGCCAAUGAAGAUGAUAGUGACGAAGACAGUGAAUAUAUGUCGGAUGAAGACGACAAAGACCUCAAUGAUGAGGAGGGCGGUUUAGAUAUUAAUGACAGUGAAAAUGACGAAUAUGGAGGAGAACACGAAGAUGAUGAUGAAGAUGAUAAUGAAGAAUAUCAAGAUAACCAAGAUGGAGAAGACGGCAAUGCUAUUGAAGAAUCAUCACCAGCCCGAGGAAAGAAAAGAAAACAUGAAGACGGAAGUGAGCCAGGGAAUUAAAACCUAGAUAUAAGGAUUUGCUAAUAAAUAAAUAAUGUUGAAUGAGUGUAAAAUUCGUAUAUAAAUUUAUUAAUUAAUAAUUACGCCGCCAAGUGAGACUAGCUGGGAAUCAAACUUUAUUGACCAAUGACAAACUACAGUUAGUGAUAUAAAUUACAAAAAUCAUUGACUGAAAGAAAAAAAAUUAAUAAUUAAUUAAAUUAUUGUCUGUGGAGUAAUACAAAACAUAAAAAAAAAAUGAAAUACAUAAGGACGAAGGACGUAAUUGCAAGUAAAUGCAAAACUAAACACAAAAAGUAACUGAUAUUGAUAUAAUAUUAUUGACAAUGGAAUGAAAUGUAAAAAUGAAUUGUUUAAGGAUAAAUAAGGGCUGCAUUCCAGCUAGACCCAACACGUUUUAGUUACACUAACGAUAUUUUAUAUAGAGUAUAUAGAUAGAGAAUUAGAAAUGUUGUCAGUACAUUAAAUAGUAAUGUCGAAGUUUGAAUGUAAUGAUAAUGAAAUGAUGCAGAGUUAUGAUUAUAAUAUAGAGACGGGAUUUAAACUCUCGAAGGAGCGUAUUUGUCUGUUAGCUCCAGUCGACCAAAGGCUGGUCAUGCUGGAAUGCAGCUGUCGUUAAACAGUUAAUAAGAUUACAUAAGUUACAUUUUAAAUACAUUAUAAUGAUAACGUCAAAUAAAUAUAAAAAAAAAAAAAAAAAAAAAAAAAAUGAGGAAUCAAUUUUUGUACAGGUUUAAUGAAGAAAUAAAAAAAAAUGAUAAAUAAAAAAAAUUAGAUAUCAAUACAAUAAUAGAGAUUGCAUGAAAUUAUAUUUUUGGGACAGAAAUAAUAAAAUUAAUAAUUAUAAUUAAUAGAUAUUUUAAAUACUGUUCGAUCAAUAUUUCAACGAUAAUUUUAAAUUGUUUUUAAUAAUUUUAUUUAAAUAAAUUAAAUGUUAAAAUUUUUUUUUAAUUGAGCAGCCAUCUCACUUGUACGGUCGUUGUCACAUUGGUUUAUUAGUUUUUAAUUAAAAUUUUUAAUAACAAAAUCAUGUCAGCAA